AUGGCCGCGUCCAGGUCCUCUCGCGUCACCAGGUCAUCCGCGGGGCUCAAUGGACUGGACGAGAACUUCUGUGGCCGCACUCUCAGGAACCGAAGCAUCGCCCAGCCCGAGGAGACGCCUGCCUCUCCUCCCCCGCGGGCGCGAUCCCCCAAGAAGCGGCAGGACCGGACCGACGCCAAGGCGCAAGAGGACGGCAAGCAGCAGCAGCAGCAGCAGGAGGCGAAACUGGACAUUGAGGAGUCGGACAAAGUCUCCGAUUCGAACAGCUCCUCUGAAAACGAACAGUCGAGAAAGCGGCCUGUGUCUUGUUUAGAGAAGGAGGAUUCGAACAAGGCUGAGAACUGUGAAAAGGCCAAAAGCCGCGAGAAUUCCCCGCUGUUGAAAAGGGCCAAAAGGUGCUCGCGAAACAACGACACUCAGGGACAGGAAGAAGAGAAGCAGCCGCCACAGGUCCCAAAAGAAAACGCAUCGGAAACGGACUGUAGCGGUGACGAUUUCCUUGUUUCGGGAGGCGGGAAAGACACAAUCAAAGAGGUAGAAGUUGACGUAGAGACGCGAGUUGGACCAGUACCGUGUGAUGGAGCGACCACAAACUCUCACAAAGCCUCAAACGGACUCAAAACCCAGGACGAAACCAGUCGCGCGGCGUCCAGCACGAACUGUUUGCUCAAUGGCGGUCAAACUAGCGAGACGGCGGUGUCAGCAUCUCCCUCCCCGGAUCCGUCUGUGCCUUGUUCAAACUCAGACAUGGAAAGCCGAACCCCGAUCUCUUCUAGCGAUGGGGGGUUUGUCGUGGCGAAAGAGCAGGAGGUGACCGAAGCCGCCGAGGAGGUGCUAAGCGAUCACUUGUGCUUGGCGCGCGAGGAGCAGGUCGUCAAAAGCAACGGGCAAAGCUCAACGCCGCCGAGGCACGAGGCCGCGAACAAUAACCCAAGCGGUGACAACACAAACUCAGGUCAAACCAAACCCUCCCCGCCUCACGACCAAACCGAGUGCAAUGCUACUUUCUCCGAGCUUUACGAACACAGGUACACGCUACGGACUCCGCCCAAAAAAGCGGCGAGAAAUGGCGUGACGGAGACGCCGGUUCUGCCCGCCUGCCCCUCUCCCUCGCCCCCCGCCGUCACGGAUAACGGGGUGAAGGAGGGGGAGGGGGAGGAGGAGGUGGUGGUGGAGGAGGAGGUGCCUAUGGUGGAGAACACGGAGGAAGUUUGUGAACUCGGGGCCACGGAGGAGACGCACGACGAGGCUAGCGGCGCCGAGUUAGCGACCGUGGAACCGGAGGAGCCUGUGAUGAAGACUACUGCUGCUGCUGCUGAGGAGGAGGAGGAAGAGGAGGAGGAAGAGCCCGAUGUCUACUACUUUGAGUCGGACCAUCUGGCUCUGAAACAUAACAAAGAUUACCAGAGGCUGCUGCAGACCAUCGGAGUCCUGGAGGCCCAGAGGACUCAGGCCAUUCUGGACCUGGAGACUCUGUCCAGACACCAGCGAGAGGCUCUGCAGGACCCCAUCACCUUCGUGGAGCAGCUGCAGGAGCAGCUGCAGAGGAGAGGAGGAAGAGAGAGUGGAGAGAGGAGAAAGGAGAGGAGUGAGAGAGGAGGAGAGAGUGGAGUGGAGAGGAGGAGAGGAAAGAGUGGAGAGAGGAGAGAGUGGAUAGAGUGGGAGAGGAAAGAGUGGAGAGUGGGAGAGGAGAGAGAGGAGGAGAGGAAAGAGUGGAGAGAGUGGAGAGGAGAGGAAAGAGUGGAGAGAGUGGAGAGAAAGAGUGGAGAGAGGAGGAGAGGAGAGAGAGGAAGAGAGGAGAGAGUGGAGAGAAAGAGUGGAGAGAGGAGGAGAGGAGAGAGAGGAAGAGAGGAGAGAGUGGAGAGAAAGAGUGGAGAGAGGAGGAGAGGAGAGAGUGGAGAGAGGAGGAGAGGAGGAGAGGAGAGAGGAGAGUGGAGAGGAGGAGAGAGUGCUUUCCCUGUGCCGUGUCCCAAUGCUGCGUCCCUGUGCUCAGUCCCUGUGCUGUGUCCCUGUGCUCAGUCCCUGUGCUGUGUCCCUGUGCUGUGUCCCUGUGCUGUGUCCCUGUGCUGUGUCCCUGUGCUGUGUCCCUGUGCUGUGUCCCUGUGCUGUGUCCUUGUGCUGUGUCCCUGUGCUGUGUCCCUGUGCUGUGUCCCUGUGCUGCGUCCCUGUGCUGUGUCCCUGUGCGGUGUCCCUGUGCUGUGUCCCUGUGCUCAGUCCCUGUGCUGUGUCCCUGUGCUGUGUCCCUGUGCUGUGUCCCUGUGCUGUGUCCCUGUGCUGUGUCCCUGUGCUGUGUCCCUGUGCUGUGUCCCUGUGCUGUGUCCCUGUGCUGCGUCCCUGUGCUGCGUCCCUGUGCUGCGUCCCUGUGCUGCGUCCCUGUGCUGCGUCCCUGUGCUGCGUCCCUGUGCUGUGUCCCUGUGCUGUGUCCCUGUGCUGUGUCCCUGUGCUGUGUCCCUGUGCUGUGUCCCUGUGCUGUGUCCCUGUGCUGCGUCCCUGUGCUGCGUCCCUGUGCGGUGUCCCUGUGCGGUGUCCCUGUGCUGUGUCCCUGUGCUCAGUCCCUGUGCUGUGUCCCUGUGCUGUGUCCCUGUGCUGUGUCCCUGUGCUGUGUCCCUGUGCUGUGUCCCUGUGCUGUGUCCCUGUGCUGUGUCCCUUGUCCCUGUGCAGUGUCCCUGUGCUCAGUCCCUGUGCAGUGUCCCUGUGCUCAGUCCCUGUGCUGCGUCCCUGUGCUGCGUCCCUGUGCUGCGUCCCUGUGCUCAGUCCCUGUGCUGCGUCCCUGUGCUGCAGGUGAGCCUGGGCCUGCCGUGUCCGCAGAGGGUGGUGCAGCUCCCGGACGUCUCCUGGGACCAGUACACCUCGGGGCUGGGAGACUUCCAGAGAGAGUUCUGCAAGAAACGCCAAACCCGGAGACUGCAGCUGAUAUUCGACAAAGGUUUGCCUCUUCGACCCAAAAGUCCUGUCGAGUCCAAAAAAGAAGGAGAGAGUUCCAGCGUGUACUCUCCUCUGCCCACGAGCGACGGCCCGGACAGCAGCGCCCAGACACAGAUGAUCAGAGGAAGGAUCUGUCUCCCAAACAAAUCUGACACUUUCAACCAGCUGUGGACCGUGGAGGAGCAGAAAAAACUGGAGCAGCUGCUGUUGAAGUUUCCGCCGGAGGAAGUGGAGUCGAGACGGUGGCAGAAGAUCGCAGACGAACUGGGAAACCGCACGUCUAAACAGGCACGGGACUAA